AUGUCAUUGUCCAAGCAAAAUAAUUCAUCAGCUCGACAUGAGUCGCUCCCAAUUCGCACUUCGCAGCUUGAGACAGAAUAUGAAAAAGCUCUUUGGCAGACCGAAUUAAUAGUUGGGAGUGAGCAAAACCGGAUCCUACACGUUUAUUUCUUGCUCGCGAAUCAUGAUAGAGAUUUCCUUUAUUCUGAACUGGAGGAAACGAAAGGCCAUCUGGAGAGAGCAGAGAAAAUUGGCUGCGAAGCGCAGGAGCAGUUGAGUCAAAUUCAGAAUGAUGUUGACUACCUUCGAAAUUCGCUCCAGUCGAACAUACAGGAACUCAAAGCCACGUCGGCCGACUCAGCCAAACUACUAGCCGAAAAGCGUUCAAUGUUGCGAGAAUUAUCGAAUUUAAAUCACGAAAUCGAGCGCCUAAAAUCCCAAAACUUGUCUCAUCAAAGUUUGGUUUCGGAGAAAUUGUUGCUUCAACGACAGCUGAGCUCGCUAGAAGUUGAGCUUCAAAGUGAAAAACGUGCUUUGGAAAAGGUACGACUGAAAGGGUUGAAACAGAGCGAAGAGGAUAACAAAAAAAGUAUCCGGCUGGAGGAAUUAACUAAGGAGAUCGCUAGAGAGCGGCGGGAGCGGGAAAAAAUUGAAAAAGACAUGAAAGCUGAAGCUGUUGAGUGGACUCGCCAACGAGCGGUGUUCGAAAACAAGUUAACUACACUCCGAAAUAGGUUGCGUGAAUCAGAGAAUGCACUAAGGCAAUUUAAAGACAAGAGCAACUUAGAUGACACUCCGCUACUGGAGGAUGCUGGAACAUCUCAUAGAGAAAAUGACCAGAGACGCAAGCGGAGCGCUUCUAAGUAUGAGCCAGACAUAACAAUCGACACACCCAGAGCAGCUGCGCAUCCUCAGAAAAUUACCAGAGUUCCGACGAUACCUGGCGAAAAAUCAACGUUCUCCACAACACCAUUUUUGAACAGAACUAGCACAACAGCAGAAUCUUCGGACACGUCCAAGAGCGAUGCUGAUGAGAAGCCCGCCUGUAGGCUGCCCAAACGGAUCGAAAACGAUAUCGAUAUGCAUGACCCUCCAAAGUCUCUCAAAUCUUUCAAUCCGAAGGCCGCGAAGACAACGAACCGCAGACGUCCAACAAAGCCACAAGAAGAAUGCGCUAAGGUAGUUUCAGAUGAUGACGGUGCAGUUGAUCAACCGGGACAAUCACAGGUUGACUCUUCAAUCUUGACGACGCAUAGAGUGGCUGGAAGGAAACGGAUAUUACUUCCAAAGAAACCUGAAAGAACGCUGUUUGAUGAUGACGACGGCUUUGAAGAUUCCAACAAGGAGAGACGGCGUGUUCCGGGAGGGUUCCGAGCUCUCGGGGGAGGCUCAACCGCAGGUCUGGAUGCUUUUGCCUCACGUGAUAUCAUGACUGCGACCUUCGAAAUCCCUAUGAAACUGUGCGGUGUCCGCACACUCUACCGUGCAUGGUUGCCAACUGGCGAAAAUCUGUGGGUCCAACCUAACCAAAUAUAUGAGUUAUCUAUACGGCAUUCCUCUUCGAAGAGAUGGCAGGCCCGGCAGGCCAAGGAUAGAUAUUCGAGAGAAGCAAUAGUAAAGGGAUUGAAAAGCCGUGCUGCGUUUAAGCUCCUCCAGAUCAAUGACAAACAUAAAAUAUUCAAACUGGGGCAGAGUGUCGUGGAUCUGGGUUAUGCCCCUGGGUCUUGGUCACAGGUCGCUGUCGAGCUCACACAACCCAACGGACGUGUGGUAGGGGUAGAUAUUAUUCCUGCUCAGCCCCCGAAAGGUGUCUCCACAAUCCAAGGAAACUUCCUUUCACCGCAGGUGCAAGCUUACGUGCAAGAAUUCCUUCGGAAUCCUAAUCGGGGAAGAGUGCAACGUCUCAAUCACUUCGAAAACACCGAUCCUGAUUCCCAAUCAAUAACCGGUUACCAGAUCGAGGAAAGCGAGGGUUAUAUUGAUCGAGAACGGAGUGCAAGCUCGCACAUAACCCAGGUUGGCGGGGACGCGGAACAUGUCUCCGAUACUGCAAUGGGAGAUAAGACGGUUGAUGUGGUUCUAAGCGACAUGUCUGCCCCCUGGGAUCAAACAACUGGUUUCUGGAAGAAAAGCCUUAGUGACCCAUAUCAUAGGAUGAUGAACACGAGCGGAAUGAGUUUUCGAGAUCACGCCGGGAGCAUGGAUCUCUGUAGGGCGGCACUGGAAUUCAGUUUCAACGUCCUGAAAACAGGAGGCCAUUUCGUUUGCAAGUUUUAUCAAGGCGCAGAAGAUAAAGCACUCGAAAGGCAGUUGAAAGAACUUUUUCAGACUGUCCAUCGAGAAAAGCCCGAAUCUUCUCGCAGCGAAUCAAAGGAAGCAUAUUUUAUUGGUCUAAGGCGGAAACAUAACGCUGUUAGAGACGCCGUUCUCCCCCAUAACUAG